UCCGAAGAAGACAGCGGAGCCAAGAUGGCGGCGGCGGGCUCGAAUAGCCGCUGGCUGCGGGGCUGCUGCGCUCUCCUCAGGCGCAGUUUCCCAGCCCUGGCGAAUGUGAGGACUCGCUGUGUCUCAGGAUUGAGGGGACCAUGGAACAAAGUGGCAGCACUGGGGCUUGGAGUAACUCUGUCUGCCAUUCCUAUUGCACAGAAACAUGACCCAAGCUUGCUUAGCAACGAAGCCUUGAUCCGGCGAGCUGUCUCUUUGGUAACUGACAGCACUGGGACCCUUCUUUCUCAAACAACAUAUGCAUUAAUUGAUGCUCUCACAGAGUACACAACGGCAGUUUAUACACUGGUGUCACUGUACCAGAAAUAUACACAGCUAACUGGGAAAAUGAAUUCCAAAGAGGAGGAUGCUGUCUGGCAGGUGAUCAUUGGCGCUAGAGUCGAGGUGACUUCCAAGAAGCAAGCAUACCUGAAACUAGAGACCAGAUGGAGAACAGCCUUGCGCCUUUCGGAGAUGGCGGCAGAAGCAGCGUAUCAGUCAGGAGCUGAUCAAGCUUCGGUGUCAGCACAAAACCAUAUUCAGCUGGUGAAAACCCAAGUGCAGGAGGUAAGGCAGCUGUCACAGAAGGCAGAGACCAAGCUGGCUGAAGCUCAGACUGAAGAGCUUCUGAAAGUGAAGGAAGAGGAACCUGUGAUACCAGCUGGUCGGCAGGCAAACACUGAGGAGGCUGAAGAAGCUUACCUUCGCGAAGACUGAAGCCUGUUUGAUUGCCCUGAGGAUGUUACCAUUAGUUCAGUGGCUGGGUGGGAAUCAUUGACACGAUAAAAGUUGAAAUACUAGGAUCAUGAGGGUAUUGGCAACCUUUCCUUCGUCUUGCUGAACUAGCUGGCUGCAGGUCCCAAACUUGGGGAGUUGUGCUUCUGAUCUCAUGGAAAGCUGUUUAUUUAAAUGGCAAAUGUGAAAGUAGCAAGCCCAAUACGCACGUUGCUGGCUGUGCAGAUGUAUUCUUGGAACAUCUGAUCGAAAUGACUCAAUAACAUCCGUUAAAUACCCAAAUGUCUGGAGAUAAUUGUAGGUUUCAGUCCAAGAGGGCUGUGUCUUUUUAUAUUGGAAAACAUUUAGUUGUUUUGUGAAGGAAAUGAGAUAAUGCCAGGGGUUUAUUGCACCUGAAACUCCAGAAUGCAUUGCAUUUCCUGGUCCGAAAGUCAGUCUUGAAGAUGGAUUUCUCUGUUGUGGUUUUUUUCUGAUUAUGUGAACACAGACUAUUUGCCCUGAAACCUGUUUUUAAAUAAAAGGCUACAAAAAUUAAUAA